AUGAGUACCUUUUUAGGCUUCAAGUUUUCACUAAUUGGUGGGAAGCUGGCAACGGCUUCAAGUCUUCUGUUGCUUCUCGCUGAUCAUUUGGGCAUUGAUCCUGAAAUAUUUGGAGAAGUGUGUGCGCUGUGGAUGGUCUCAGAUCUGUUGGAGGUGCAGCUCAAGCCGCAUCACAAUCCUUAUGACAUACGCAAGAAUUGGCUACAGUUCUUGAGUCGAUUUACAAGUGUGGACGAGGAUGAAGCAAGUGACGAUGAGCCUCUUCUAAUGCUGAAAAGAAAUGUGCAACUCUCUGUUGAGCGAGAAGUGCAGGUGUUGGAAAAAGACUACGCGAACGAUACACUGACGGAGAUACUGUACACCAGCGCAAAGCAAGAAGUACUGGACGGACGCUAUUUGUGCGACAUCGAUGUCAGCAUAAAUUUGGCAGCUUUACAAAUGGCUGUUGAAAUCGAGCCGGGGGAGGACGUGCAUCAGUUGCUGCUCGGAGAUCAACUAGCGAUGUAUUUUCCAUCGAAACAUCGGCACUGUGUUCGGUCAGUUUGCUUUUUUGGCUUUCCCGUCAUAGGCUGCAAAGGACUGGAAGCAAAAAUACAACAAGAAUAUAACGACACAAAGCUGAAAUUCGAGAGCAAGCAUGCUUGUCGAAAAGCAUAUCUUGAAAUUGUUCGCGAAACACCGUUUUAUGGAUUUGUGCAGCGAAAGCUUACCUUUUUCAGGGCUGCAUUUUUCCGUGGCCAUGUCGAGCGACCGCGAGGAACCUCUUUGAAAGAAAUUAAGAAAAUGAUACUUUCGGUUACUCUGCCAGAUAUACCGGUAAUUUUCGUACCGUUUUUAAAAUUCGAAAAUUUAUGA